GGGAGGAUGUUGAAAACUUCAAACUUCAAGACUCUUCAUUUGCUGAAACGAUUUGUAUUCUACUUUAUCCACGAGUUUUAAGUCUUUGAAAGAUCAGAUAUCACCUACUACAAGCGCAAGCCAACAGAGAACGAUAAUUUUGUGAUCUAUGAUCCAAAAAGCUUCUUCGAGGUGCAAAACCAGUUCGUUAAAAACAAAGAGCCAUGUUCCACCAAGCUGUCUGACCUUCUGAAUACGAUUUUUUUUUUACACAUGUUUGCAAAUACCGUCUGCAAAUGGGAACAUGAUUCAGAUGAUAUGGAGACAUUCAGCUUAGCAAAUCCACUGUUGGCAAAGGAUCUUCACGAAGAAAUUACCAAAUCUGACUUGCACUUAAUACUAGUCGAUUACUUGAAGAUUAUUAUUUGUUCAAUCAGCCUGCGUCUCCUCCAUGCUUCUGCUUACUUCUGUGACUGAUUACAAUUUCAAAUAUACCUCAGUUGAGGGUUUUUGCUGAGUUCCGAGAUUUCAAAACUGUGUUUCGAAUUGGAGCCAGAUUUUAAUAACUGUAAGAUCUUCGGCAUUUAUGAGGUGUUGGACGGUAGUUGACGAAU